AUGGCUAAGGAGGCAAAGCCGACCCUUGCAGGUCAUCUUUUGAAGAGGAGAAAAGAAAUACCGGAAAAGAUCAAACAGCAGAUAAAGGAGUUAGAGUCGGCUCAGCGCGCCCUACGAAAGCAUAAGGAAAAGCUGAAGGAAGAUGCAGAAGAGCCGACUCAUUCACGUCGUCUGCUGGAGAAAAAAAUGGAGGCCACGGAUAUGCAGAAACAGGUCACGCAGCAGAUAGAGGACUUUAAAACCGCUCAGGAUGUCCUGAGCAAGUGCAAGGAAAAGCUGAAGGAAAAAGAACAGCAGAUGCAUCACCUCAUCCAAUCCAGUAUCUUCCUUAAGCAAAGCGAAGAUCGACGUUGUGACGCUGAGAGGAAAGCAGCGUACAACAGGGAGAUGUUCCAGAAGAAGCAGGAGUACCUCGAAGAAUUACGCGAGGAACUUAGUACUCUGAUCGAACUGCGGCACACGCUGAAGAGGCAAAUUGAAUUGAACUGCAUUUAUGCUGAAUAUCUAGAUGAAGUGGUGGAGGAAAGUAAGGAGUUUCAUGAGCCAGAAGAACUGAUCACGCAUUUCGAGACGCGGAAGAAGGUACAGGACGAGCUGCUGUCUUACAUAGAGGAGAAGGAGGUGGAGAUGGCCAAAUCCCGUGCCAAGUUAGUUAAUGCGAUGGAAGAGUACGCCCUUGCACAAAUAAAUCAUGAGACCAAGAUGGAUCUGCUUAAGGGUGAACUGAAGGAGACCAAAGAGCACGUUCUUAAUUUGGAGGCAAUGUGGAAUGACGUUCAAAAGGCAGCCAGAAUAAAAAACCAUGAGCUGGCUAGAAUUAAUAUGGCCAUGUUGAACAUGUCCAAGCAUUUGUGGAACUUGGGCAGCACCGUACCAAAGCUGAUUAACCCAGAGGAGACUAUAGAAGUGCUGGAUAAGGUUCAGGAGUUUAUAUGUGAUCUGAAGUUGAUUUGGGAGAAAAUGGGUAAAACUGAUUCUGAAAAAGAUUACCAUUACACAGGACAACGGAGCAACAGCAAAGCAAAAUUACAACGCAAGAAAAAAACUAAAUAGCCUGAAAAACUAUAAACCCUGUGCUGCUUAAGUUAAAUCUAAAUCCCUGUGAGAAUCCAUGAGAAAUAUUUGUGAAAAUUAAACCCUCACGACACUUGUCCCUCAUGAUCUGGGUCAGUCGCACUCACUAGCAGAUGGUGGAGGUGUUUGGUUGUUUCUCAGACGUCUGUCAGGAGCCUGAAAGCAUGACAUUUGUCACUUUAUUGCUAGUAUGAUGCUACCUAAAAUGUUUUGGGUGCCUAACUAAUAAACCUUGUUGUGCUGCAGGUGUCAAAGGCAGGUUUGUAUCCCAGGCCAACCUGAAUAGGAGCGUGAGUCAAAAAUUAGCCG